UAUGCCUCCCUCUCUCUUUCCUAAACAAUGGCACCUGUGUCGAUUUGUUUGUGUUGAAUACGUAAAUAAAUUGAUUUCAACUAAAUUGUUUUAAACGGGAGUGUAAAAGUGUGUCAAGAUGGGAGUUCCAGCAUUUUUUCGGUGGCUCAGCCGUAAAUAUCCAAGUGUUAUUGUAGAAUGUAUUGAACAAAAGCCAACCGACGUAGAUGGUCAGCUCGUGUACGUUGAUUCUUCGUUACCAAACCCCAAUGGGGUGGAAUUUGACAAUUUGUACCUGGACAUGAACGGAAUAAUCCAUCCCUGUACCCAUCCUGAGGACAAGCCUCCCCCGAAAGAUGAGGACGAGAUGAUGGUGGCCAUCUUUGAAUGCAUCGACAGGCUGUUCCGCAUCGUCAGGCCCAGGAAACUGCUGUACAUGGCCAUUGAUGGUGUGGCACCCAGAGCAAAGAUGAACCAGCAAAGGUCCCGUCGUUUCCGUGCCUCCAAGGAGACUCAGGAGAAGAUCGAUGAGAUCGCCCGCAUCCGCUCCGAGCUUGAAAGCAAAGGGGCGUACCUUCCACCGGAGAGGCCCAAGGAAGCGCACUUCGACUCGAACUGCAUUACUCCUGGGACACCGUUCAUGGACAGGCUUAGUAAAUGCCUUCAUUACUAUAUUCAUGACAGAUUAAACAAUGACCCUGGCUGGAAGGGCAUCAAGGUGAUCCUCUCAGACGCAAACGUGCCUGGAGAGGGAGAACACAAGAUUAUGGACUACAUCAGGAGGCAAAGGGCCCAACCGGACCACGAUCCGAACACGCAGCACGUGCUUUGCGGAGCCGAUGCGGAUCUCAUUAUGCUGGGGCUGGCGACGCACGAGCCCAACUUCACUAUCAUCAGGGAAGAAUUCAAGCCCAACAAGCCGAGGCCGUGCGACGUCUGCGGGCAGCUUGGUCACGAAAUGAAAGAGUGCACCGGCACCACUCCCGACGCGGCCCUAGUCCGCUCAGACCCGGCCUUCGGCAACCAAGACAGCUUCAUCUUCGUGCGCCUGAGCGUCCUGCGGGAAUACCUGGAGCGAGAGCUGCAGAUGCCCAACCUCCCCUUCCCGUAUGACUUCGAACGGGCGCUGGAUGACUGGGUGUUCAUGUGCUUCUUCGUCGGCAACGACUUUCUGCCCCAUCUCCCCAGCUUGGAAAUCAGGGAGGGCGCCGUCGACCGACUCGUCAAUUUGUAUAAGAAGUGCGUCUAUAACACUGGGGUAAGAUAA